UCUCUGGUUGAGUUAUGCAGGUAGUUUACAUAUAUAGGUUAUAGUAAUGUCAAAACCAAGAGAACAGAAAGAUGGCGGUCAAGCGGUAAUUUCGCUAUAUUCGGGCGCAUGUAAUCUUUUAAUGUUGUGUCUCGUAUUCUCAAGAGAUUCUCCGAAAUCAUAAUAUCGUGCGAUGUGACCACAGUGAUCACGGCUAUCCUGUAAAGUAGUAGACCGUGUCAAGAACGGAAGAACAACGAAGAAGGAGAAAAAGAGAAAGAGAGAGAGCGAGAGGAAGAGACUACAGAAAAGAGAACGGACCCAGUUUAUACGUAACGAGUAUAGAAGCGGUUCAUUGCUCUGCUCCGAGUUGUCGCCAAGAUGGAUUGGGACUCAAUCACGAUGGCGAGCCUUCAUUUAACAAUGACCGAACAUCAGUAUUACGAAGACAUUUUCAGUUAUUGCUGUGAACAUCCUGACAGCGAUAAUGUGCCGGUGAUCAAAGUUGCUGAACUACUGCGUUCCGCUAAUUUACCAGGAGCUGUCACGAUGGAGAUAUUGGAUAUAUGUUUUGGGGCUGAAGCAGCAUACAUUGGCACUCAUCUUGGAAGAAAACAGUUCUAUGCACUACUGAAACUUGUAGCAGCUCAUCAAGCAGGGCUUAGCAUUCAUAAAGACAUUAUUACUAUGCCUUUGGAUAUAAUAACUUUGCCAAGAUUUACUUGGCCAAUGUCGGGAGAUAAAGAUGGUAGAAAAAAUUCUGACUCUAAUAAUGCUAUGAAAAGUAGACAUCAUGCUCCUGAAAGCACAACAGAAAGUGAAAGCGAAGCAGAGUCUCCAAGAGAAACUGGUGCUAGUACAGAUUCACCAACACCAACAAAUAGUGUCACACAGGAAAGGAAUAGCGAUAUACAUGGUGAAACAAUAUUAGACUCUGUAUCUAGUGGUUGGCAAGGAUUAUUAGUAUCAGAAGAACAGAGGCAGUUAUUAGGAACUGAAGAAGAAAGUUCAGAACGUCACAGCAGUGAUGAAGGUGAAGGAGAUGGUGAUGGCUCAGGAUUUCCACCAGAAGAAGUGUGGAUAAUUAGUGACGAACAACGUGAAUAUUAUGCAGCUCAGUUUGCACAACUACAACUUGAUCCUGAGGGGCUGUUGCAUGGUCCCAUAGCAAGGACAUUUUUUGAAAAGUCUGGACUUCCUUUAGGAGAACUUAGUCGCAUUUGGCAGCUAGCAGAUAUAACUAGAGAUGGAGCAUUAAGUUUACAAGAAUUUUUUGUGGCUAUGCAUCUUGUUGUGUUACGAAGGAAUCAUGUGCCUCUACCCGAUGUAUUACCUCCACCUUUAUUAAUUCCUUUGCUCAAGCAAAAAACUGGUCCACCAACUAUUCCAACAACUGCAACUACUCAAAAGACUCCACCUAAUUCCACCAGUACUCAGGAGAAAAAUAAAGAAUGGACAAAAUUUGUUGACUCUCCAACUGGAACUAGUAGUUCUCUUACUAGUCCAGGUCUACAAUUAGUAAAUUUCGAUUUUCAAAAGUCCGCCGUCGAGAAAGAUCCUAAAAUUCUGCAUCCUGUACCGUUACGCUUAACACCCGAAGCAGCGAUUCUUGCUUCCGGAGCAAAUGGUAACAAUACCAACUGCACUACAUUGGGAGAUGAUGAUCUCCAACGCACUGCAAGUACAUUGGUGCAACGACCUCUUAUUAAAAAACCACCUCCACCUCCUGAAGAAGCUAUUAUUGUAACUCCAAAGAAGGAACCACCGCCUCCACCACCACCCAGACCAUAUAGAACACAUGCAAGAAGUUCUAGUCUUGAUCUUAAUAAAUUAGGGAAAAAUGGUCAAAGUUUCCUUGGAGCACCUCCACUAGUUCCACCAAGAAUCUCUCCGGGAAUCACUUCACCUCGAAAAUUGGUUGGUCAAAAAAGUGAGGGAGAAGGACAAAAAACUUUAAACGAAAAUCAGAGUUUUAUUGCUGAUUUUUCUCACUUUUCUCCAAAGAGCGAACUACCUGAAAAUCUACCUUUGGAAACAGUACCCCCCCAAUCACAGCAAUUUACCGGUGUCUGUGGUGCAUUUCAUAUUUAUAGAAAACCCAGUCCAAAGCGGGAUGGAGGAGAAGAAGACACACCUAAAGAUGAGUUAGAGGAAUCAAAAAAAUUAACAUUGCAAGAAUUACGAGAAAAAAACGCUGAACUCCGAUUAGUCUGUGAAGAAUUAACACGAGAAUUAGCUAGCGCACUCCAAGAACGUAUAAACCUACGUGCAAAACUUUUACUCUUAACAUGAUGUAAUUUGUUAAUAUUUGUAAAAGUUCCAAACUGUGAAUUACCGAUUUCUCCUGAAUUCAUUAUAAAAUCGAGUAUUUCAUAUGUCGUACUAGUCUAGUUUUCUUUUUGCGAUAAAGUUUCGUAUAUUCGUAAUAAUUAGAGUAACCAAAUGUUAACAUUACAAAACAGAUAAUCAUUUUAAAAAAAGUUUCUAUUUUUUAUGCAUAGUAUUGUUCUAAAUUGCUAAAAAGUAGUUCUUUAUAUACUGAAAAAAAAUCUUUUAAAACGUUGAACAUUUACAUCGAGCAAUAGUCAAAGCUUGAUGAUUAUUGUACACUGCAAAACUAUAGAAAGAUACUAUUAAAAAUGAGUGAUAGAUGUUUAUUGUUUACGAAGACAAAAUAAAACUGUAUUUUCGUAUCGCUGUACAAUCAAAUUUUUCAGAGCAUGGCAUAUAGAGCAAAUCGAUAUUCCUGAAAAAGAAACUGUUAUAAAAUGUAUUUUAUUUCGUGAUAUAAUUGUACAUAGCUAAUAGAAUUAGAACAAGGAAUGAGAUAAAAUGAAAUCUGCUGAAGCAGAAUAUUUAAAGACUUCUCAAAUUGUUAAUAACUUAACUUGAUUAAUGUAUUGUUCUAAUUGGACUUCAGUUUGGUUAUUGUUCGAUUAUAAAGAAUAUUAUUUCACACCAUAUUAUGAAGUAUCUAUUAUAUUCCUUAUACAAAUUACACGAAUAUAUUAUUGAUAAAAUCCCUUUGAAAGUGGUUUGAAUUUAUCAUUAUGACUUAAUUGUUGCUGAGAAUCGUUAAAUAACGUAAUUCCUCGUGCCAUACAAUACGAUAUUUUAAUAUUACAGCCACUAAUGAUUGCUAGAAACUAUCCUCUUGUUGUUGAAACUAUUUAGAAAUAUUUUGAUCAACAAUCAUGAAAAGGUCUUUUUGUAUGUGUAUAGAAAAUUCUGUAAAGAUAGCGUGUAAAAAUUAUAUAAAAGUUAACUGUUAUUUUACUCAUUCCUUUUGUCCAUAUAAUUCUGUAAAAAUGUAACGAUAUAUGCAAACAAUUAACUGAAGAAUCGAAUAAAGCAUUCUCUUAGUUUCAUAACAAUUUUUAUUGAUGUCAAUGUAUGAAUGGUACAUAAUAUUAAUGUUACAGGAACAAACCACAAGUAUUUUGAGGUCUCUGUUGUGAAGGUUGAAUGAAUGAACAAUAGAAAUCAAUUAAAUGUAACAUUGUACUUAGCUAAUACAACAUGAGAAUAUAAUAAUUUAUGUUACAUGCACGACUAUGUAACUUUUCACGCAUACACGUUAUUACUUGCAUUUAUAUUUCUUAUUUUUCAUAAUUUACGAAUACAUUUAAAAAUUAAAAACAAAAAUCCUGAA